UUCUCCGGGGCGAAUCCCUGCCGACGUCACUGGUCUGGUAUAAAUACGCUGAGCAGCGACUCCUACCAGACUCAAGCAAAAGCGCCUUUCGACCACAACAACUUUUCAAACCAAGGAUUACUGGAUUUGCCUUCGUUGGAUUUAAUUUCCCAGCACCGAAUCCUCGGUAUAAGUACAAUGACUUUGAACAAGGGUGACAAACUGCGGAACAUGGACAAGAGGAGAGGAAGCAUGCCGUUCCCCAUGAACAUACCCAACUUACACAGGAGAAGCAUGCCCGUGGACGACCGGGACCUGCGCACCACGAUGCCACAGACCGGACAGACCGACGAGCUGUCCAACCUGCUGCGCUGCACGUCCUACUCCCAGAACGACCAGCACCGGAACAGCUGCGCGUCGGACUCCUCCGACUCCGUCAUCUCCACCGGCAGCGAGACCGACUCCCAGGUGUACAAAGUGGUCCUCCUCGGGGAGCACGGGGUCGGCAAGUCCAGCCUGGCGCGCGUCUUCGGAGGAGUUGAGGAUGCCGGUCACGACUGCGAUGAAGCAGGAAACACUUACGACAGAUCUAUCGUGGUGGACGAAGAAGAGGCCUCCAUCGUUCUGUACGACAUCUGGGAGCAGGAUAACAGCCAGUGGCUGAAGGAGCAGUGCAUGAGGAUGGGAGACGCCUACAUCAUUGUGUAUUCAGUGACAGACAAGUCGAGCUUCGAGAAGGCGUCGGAGCUCCGCAUUCAGCUGCGUCGUGCCAGGCAGUCUGAGAACAUUCCCAUAAUCCUCGUGGGCAACAAGAGUGACCUGGUGCGCUCCAGAGAGGUGUCUGUAGAUGAGGGAAGUGCCUGCGCGGUGGUGUUCGACUGCAAGUUCAUAGAGACGUCCGCGUCCCUCCACCACAACGUGCAGGACCUGUUCGAGGGCAUCGUCAGACAGAUCCGCCUGAGGAAGGACAGCAAGGAGGAGAACGCGCGCCGCAUGGCCAACUGCAGGCGCAGGGAGAGCAUCGGCAAGAAGGCCAAGCGGUUCCUGGGCCGCAUGGUCGCGCGCAAGAACAAGAAGAUGGCGUUCAGGCAGAAGUCGAAGUCCUGCCACGACCUCACUGUUCUCUGAGGAGCGGGGGGACGUCGGCGGAACGGAAGGACAUUCUUUUUUCUUUGGCCUCUGAAGACCAGACGCUGUGUGUGUUUUAACACUAACCCUAAAGGACUAAUAGAGCUGUACAGAAAUAUAUUUUUGUUUUUUUUAGACACCAACCAAAAGCAAAGAGAGGAUGUAAUGAGUAAAAAAAAAAAAAGAAAAAAGAAAAAAAGAAAUGGCAUUGUUCAAGUCAUAUCAUGUUAAUGGUGAUAACCUGCAUGAAGCUUUGCAAACCUUUUAUUUUAUUUUCUGCCUUAAACAUAUUGCCGUCAUAAUAUGAUCAGUGUGUAUGGAAAAAAACGACAAACGCUUGUUGUGUUUAGUGAGUUGCGACGACUGCCUUGCUGUUGGGCCAUUGCGUUGCUCCUCUACUGGAGGGGAGCGAUGCGUGUGUGUGUAUAUAUACUAUGACGUGAAUGAUACAGAAUGCAACAUACAUCUCAUUUUUUCUCUAAGACAAGGGAAAGGAUCACAACGCUACUUGAAACGCGGUACGCAGGUUCGUGCCUUGGCCAAGUCAACUGAGGUGGUCAGAGCUUAGCGGAAACUUCUGUUGUUGUUCCACUGCAUUUGGAUUCAGGGUGUGAAUGUACGUGUGGGUAAAGCAAUAAGUUAUGUCCGUCUCGUGAAAACCUUGACAUGAUUUGAAAAAAUUCUUUGUUUACGUUGGUUACAUUUUUCUUAAUAAAACAUAAAAUCAAA